ACGUCAUGCCCACGGCCGGCUGGUCUUUUAGUCUUUUUCCCCCUCCCUUACUCUUCGUCCCCGGUCCCUCCCCUCCCCACCCCUUUCCCUCCAGCUCCGACGUUUGCGGCCGCGGGGGCGGCGAAGGAUAUGGAGUAAAGCUGGAGUCAGUGGCCAGGCACGAAGGCAGAGCAGGAACAGCCAGGCGGCGUUUAUUAGGGGGGCGGGGGGAAGAGCCCCAGCACCGCCUCUCCUGGAAGAAGGAAGAGGUAAGUGACCGGCCGCCGGCACCGAGCGACCUCCCUCACCGGCCGCGCUCUCGCCUGGGCUCCCGGGGCCGGCGAGGAGGGAAUGGAGGACUCGCGCCCGGGGUAGGCCUCCCAGGGCCGCCCAGGCUGGUGAGUGUUGCCUGGUGACGGGCCUGCCGGCGGCCAGCCGGGCGAUCGGCGGUCGGCGCCCGCGCAAAGCGGGGCUGGGCGAGCAGCGAGCUCCGGGGAACGGAUCCGAGAGGGCCGAGUCCUCGAAAGAGGCCUUGAGGCGACGGGAGACCCGGGAUCGGAGUCAGCUGCCGGAGGGAGAGCCCCCCAUGCCGGCUUGAGAGCUCCGGUUUCGGUGGUGGAGAACGUCGUACCUUUCGGGGACAUUGGACACUACUCUAGGACCGGGUAACUAUAACUACCCAAUAUUGCAGCCAUGGAGUCCAUGCUUAAUAAAUUGAAGAGUACUGUUACAAAAGUAACAGCUGAUGUCACUAGUGCUGUAAUGGGAAAUCCUGUCACUAGAGAAUUUGAUGUUGGUCGACACAUUGCCAGUGGUGGCAAUGGGCUAGCUUGGAAGAUUUUUAAUGGCACAAAAAAGUCAACAAAGCAGGAAGUGGCAGUUUUUGUCUUUGAUAAAAAACUGAUUGACAAGUAUCAAAAAUUUGAAAAGGAUCAAAUCAUUGAUUCUCUAAAACGAGGAGUCCAACAGUUAACUCGGCUUCGACACCCUCGACUUCUUACUGUCCAGCAUCCUUUAGAAGAAUCCAGGGAUUGCUUGGCAUUUUGUACAGAACCAGUUUUUGCCAGUUUAGCCAAUGUUCUUGGUAACUGGGAAAAUCUACCUUCCCCUAUAUCUCCAGACAUUAAGGAUUAUAAACUUUAUGAUGUAGAAACCAAAUAUGGUUUGCUUCAGGUUUCUGAAGGAUUGUCAUUCUUGCACAGCAGUGUAAAAAUGGUACAUGGAAAUAUUACUCCUGAAAAUAUAAUUUUGAAUAAAAGUGGAGCCUGGAAAAUAAUGGGUUUUGAUUUUUGUGUAUCAUCAACCAAUCCUUCUGAACAGGAGCCUAAAUUUCCUUGUAAAGAAUGGGACCCAAAUUUACCUUCAUUGUGUCUUCCAAAUCCUGAAUAUUUGGCUCCUGAAUACAUACUUUCUGUGAGCUGUGAAACAGCCAGUGAUAUGUAUUCUUUAGGAACUGUUAUGUAUGCUGUAUUUAAUAAAGGGAAACCUAUAUUUGAAGUCAACAAGCAAGAUAUUUAUAAGAGUUUCAGUAGGCAAUUGGAUCAGUUGAGUCGUUUAGGAUCCAGUUCACUUACAAAUAUACCUGAGGAAGUUCGUGAACAUGUAAAGCUACUGUUAAAUGUAACUGCAACUGUAAGACCAGAUGCAGAUCAAAUGACAAAGAUUCCCUUCUUUGAUGAUGUUGGUGCAGUAACACUGCAGUAUUUUGAUACCUUAUUCCAAAGAGAUAAUCUUCAGAAAUCACAGUUUUUCAAAGGACUGCCAAAGGUUCUACCAAAACUGCCCAAGCGUGUCAUUGUGCAGAGAAUUUUGCCUUGUUUGACUUCAGAAUUUGUAAACCCUGACAUGGUACCUUUUGUUUUACCCAAUGUUCUACUUAUUGCUGAGGAAUGCACCAAAGAAGAAUAUGUCAAAUUAAUUCUACCUGAACUUGGCCCUGUGUUUAAGCAGCAGGAGCCAAUCCAGAUUUUGUUAAUUUUCCUACAAAAAAUGGAUUUGCUACUAACCAAAACCCCUCCUGAUGAGAUAAAGAACAGUGUUCUACCCAUGGUUUACAGAGCACUAGAAGCUCCUUCCAUUCAGAUCCAGGAGCUCUGUCUAAACAUCAUUCCAACCUUUGCAAAUCUUAUAGACUACCCAUCCAUGAAAAAUGCUUUGAUACCAAGAAUUAAAAAUGCUUGUCUACAAACGUCUUCCCUUGCUGUUCGUGUAAAUUCAUUAGUGUGCUUAGGCAAGAUUUUGGAAUACUUGGAUAAGUGGUUUGUACUUGAUGAUAUCCUACCCUUCUUACAACAAAUUCCAUCCAAGGAACCUGCGGUCCUCAUGGGAAUUUUAGGUAUUUACAAAUGUACUUUUACUCAUAAGAAGUUGGGAAUCACCAAAGAGCAGCUGGCUGGAAAAGUGUUGCCUCAUCUUAUUCCCCUGAGUAUUGAAAACAAUCUUAAUCUUAAUCAGUUCAAUUCUUUCAUUUCCGUCAUAAAAGAAAUGCUUAAUAGAUUGGAGUCUGAACAUAAGACUAAACUGGAGCAACUUCAUAUAAUGCAAGAACAGCAGAAAUCUUUGGAUAUAGGAAAUCAAAUGAAAGUUUCUGAGGAGACAAAAGUUACAAAUAUUGGGAAUCAGCAAAUUGACAAGGUUUUUAACAACAUUGGAGCAGACCUUCUGACUGGCAGUGAGUCCGAAAAUAAAGAGGACGGGUUACAGAAUAAACAUAAAAGAGCAUCACUUACACUUGAAGAAAAACAAAAAUUAGCAAAAGAACAAGAGCAGGCACAGAAGCUGAAAAGCCAGCAGCCUCUUAAACCCCAAGUGCACACACCUGUUGCUACUGUUAAACAGACUAAGGACUUGACAGACACAUUGAUGGAUAAUAUGUCAUCUUUGACCAGCCUUUCUGUUAGUACCCCUAAAUCUUCUGCUUCAAGUACUUUCACUUCUGUUCCUUCCAUGGGCAUUGGCAUGAUGUUUUCUACACCAACUGAUAAUACAAAGAGAAAUUUGACAAAUGGCCUAAAUGCCAAUAUGGGCUUUCAGACUUCAGGAUUCAACAUGCCCGUUAAUACAAACCAGAACUUCUACAGUAGUCCAAGCACAGUUGGAGUGACCAAGAUGACUCUGGGAACACCUCCCACUUUGCCAAACUUCAAUGCUUUGAGUGUUCCUCCUGCUGGUGCGAAGCAGACCCAGCAAAGACCCACAGAUAUGUCUGCCCUUAAUAAUCUCUUUGGCCCUCAGAAACCCAAAGUUAGCAUGAACCAAUUAUCACAACAGAAACCAAAUCAGUGGCUUAAUCAGUUUGUACCUCCUCAGGGUUCUCCAGCUAUGGGCAGUUCAGUAAUGGGAACACAGAUGAACGUGAUAGGACAGUCUACUUUUGGUAUGCAGGGUAAUCCUUUCUUUAACCCACAGAACUUUGCACAGCCACCAACUACUAUGACCAAUAGCAGUUCGGCUAGCAAUGAUUUAAAAGAUCUUUUUGGGUGAGGUGUCUUCCUUCUAUUUUGAAGGAUUAUUUCAGUUUCAAUCAUGGGUAAGCUGAUUUACAUCUUUAUAUAGUUGGCUUGGAGGAAGUACUUCUAUGGGAAAGUGAACAGUUCUGUGACAGGAAACAUCUCUGUCCAUGCCAGCAUAGUAGUUGUAUGGACUUCUAACCAGUUGAGUUUUUUUAAAGCAUUGAGGAUUUUUUUCCUCUUACCAACUCCUCUUCAGGUUUUUAAAGACCCAGCCCUUCCCAAUCUCAAAGAGAAAAAGGACAACUGAGUUAUCUUGAAUAACAUAACUUUUUAAUCAAAUGUUUAUUUUGGCUUGUGGAUCUUGGUGUUAUUUAAAAAAUUGAGUUGAUGGUCAUUGCAAGCUCAUCUGUUAAGUACUAUAUGGUACACAGUCUAUGAGUCAUUAGUCUUCAUUUUAAUAUGUAAAAAAUCUUGAUGCUGUAUUGAUUUGCUUGCAUUUAAGAUGACAGAAAAUGAUAAGCAUAAAGAGAAGUAUCAGGUUAUUUGCUUUUUCCAAACUUUUCAGAUGAACUAUUGUUUAGUACAGAGACUGAACAAAUACUACAAAAUUCAACUUAACCUUAAUUUCAUUGGUUUAAAUGCGUUAUUAACCAUCUUAAGUGCAAACUAAUCAUUGUAAAUUAUAUUUUAGCAUGGUCUGCCUCAAAUAGUAAUGUAUUUUUCUGCAUUCACUUGGAUAUAUUUAGAAUCACUUUUUUCCUCCUGUAUCACGGAAGAGGUAUGUGCUGAUUUGUUUGGAUAUUUGACAAAGCACUCUGAUGUGACUUCCCUGACUACUACCUUCAUAUUUCAUUUCAAAUUUAAACUUCUGAGGUUGCAGCAUAUAUGAAUUGCGUUUUCAAAAGAAGAUUUGUAAGAAUUAAACUAUAUUUAUGAGUAAACUUUUGAGAUUUCUGCUGUAUUGUUUCAAAUGUAAUAAACUUUACUUCUCUAAAAA